CGCGGUGCAGUUGAAGUAGGUUUCUAUUCUUUUUCUGCUAAUAAUGUAUAAUUAGGGCUUAAUAAAAUAAUACUCCCUAUGCUUAAUACAAAGCAGAUCAAGCUAACAAAUUAAACCCCUGCCCCACCGCACCCAACAUCCUAGGGGUGCGAGAGCUUGAGAGAAUGGAUUCCAAAACGACGACGACGACCCUGUACGGAGACGGUGAUAGUGAGAGAGGCGCCGGCGGAAAGCUUAGAAAACCGUCCACGAGGAAGCCCCACCCCACUCCCUAUGCUCGUCCUCCUACGAAUCAGCUGCGCCCCAGCCGCGCCGCCGCCGGAGGAUGGUUUUCCAAGAUCGUCGACCCUGCCUACCGCCUUGUAGCUGACGGCGCCACCAAAUUAUUGCCUUCCUUCUUCUCCAAAACCCCCGCCGCACUUCCUCCCCCUUCUGAAAAUCCAGAUAUCUUGGACGGGGUUGUAGCAACUAUUGCUGAAGCCAAUGAAAAAUACACUGUGAGUGCCAGUUUGUUGCCUGCCUUUAUAUUUAAGUGGGUCCUUUUUUGGUUUCUUUCUUUUCUUGGUUGAUGAUAGGUGGAACCAGGCAACAAUUUUUUCACAAAAACAAACCUAAGCCGACAGGAAGGACUUGGUGUCCACUGAGACCAUGCAUCAAAGGAAUGAUGUACCCCAGUCUAAUGAAAGACCUGGUCCAAGUGAAGUAGCUGCAAAUGGCUUAAAGAGAAAUUGUCAGAGUGACAUGUUUGGACAAAAUAAACCAAAGAGCUGUGACAAUGAUUCUCAAAUUUCCAAAAUUGAGCAGCUCAUAAAAGGGAAAACUUUUUCUAGAGAUGAGAUCAACCGAUUGAUGGAGAUAAUAAGCUCUAAGGCCGGUGAUGUUUCAGAUGUGGAGAGGGAAGAAAAGAACAAAAUCCUGGCCAUUGCAGGACGUAGUGAAGGAGGUUUGCUGGGCCCAUUUCCAAAGAUGUCAGAUGAACGAGAUCAGGGGGAUAUGAAGACAGCUAUCGUAAGAACUGCGACAGUUUCCCCGCAGCCGAGUGUGCAAGAUGAAAUUAGCGCAUCACCUAUAGAUAUUGCUAGAGCUUAUAUGGGAAGUCGACUAUCAGAACAGGGUGGUGUUCCUUAUAGUGUUUCUUCAAAAGGUGCCAUGGCACAGGAAAAACAUCUUUAUACAACACCAAAUCACAGAGGAAGGCAUGGACUGCAUGAUGUUCCUAGAACCCCAUAUUCUAGAACUAUUUAUUCAAAGUCCAGGGCCAAGCUGACUCAGUCACAAGCUGAUAGCAGGUACCUAAACACUUCACCAAUCUCCACGAAGCAAUCUCAAAUGCCGUUCUUUGGACAGGUAAAAUCAAGACAUGAUGUGCUUGAUAGUGGCUAUGGAUCAGUUGGACCAGUCCGUCACAUGCGAAAUAAACUUGCUUCAGAAGCCAGACCAAGAGGGUCUAUUCUUUUUAAGCCUUCUAAAGAUGCUCCUUCACCAAUUCAACAGCCCAUUGCCUUUCAAGGCCUCCUGCCUGAUUUACAGAAGAAUCUGGAACCUGGUGAAGCUAGUACUUCAAGACAACAGCAAGGCAACCAUGCGGGAAAGGGUGUUGGGAAUAACACCCAUGUGAACCCAUCAUGCAGUCAGGCAGUAAAAAGAAUAUUGGAACAGCUUGAUAGUCGCAAGCCCACACCUCAAGAGAAGGCAGCAGAGAUACGGCUAGCUACUGCAUGGAAGAGAUCUCCUCCUGGGGCUUCCCAUGCUACGCUGAAGGAAAAUAUCAGCUUCUCAAAUCCCAAAGAAUUUGGUUCUUUAAAGCAAACUGAUUUGCCUGAUCCGAAACUUAUUUCUGAAGGAAAUAAACUUGGAGGCAAUUCAAAGAAUCAAGUAGAAUCCCAGGAGAGAAGUAAAGAAGCUAAAGAUGCUAUAGUCGCAAGUAGUCAGCCUCCUGGCAUAAACGAUGGUGAUGCUACAGUGCAAAGUGAUACCAACAGUGGGUCCUUGUUUUCUUUGAAGAGUACUUCUUCUCAACUAAAAAGUUUCCAGGAGAGGUCGAGUCUACAAAACCCUUCCCAGCAUCAGAGUAAUGGGAAGCAUGUCACAACGUCACAGAGUGAAUCCGGCCUUGAGCCAUCAAAGAAGCCACCACCACACUCAUCUGGGACAAGGCCGACUUUGCCACAAAUUUCUGUUGGGAGGCACGAUCUGAGUCGUGCCGUGUCAUCUGAUAAUGGCUCUGCAUUUGCCUUCCCUGUAUCCGCCUCGUCCAGUAUAUUGUCAGAGCCACCAACACCCUCCGUCAUGCCAUUCUCUUUGAUUGAGGUGGUAUCUCAGCCAAAUGAAUUGCCUGCAGUUCCUGCUUACAGUUUUGGCACUAAGAGGUCAACUCCAGCGCUUGUGUUUUCAUUCCCAUUCCCCUCGACAAGUAGUGCCUCUGCUCAAGUUGAUGCAGACGAUCUUAAGUUCAGCUUCGGAUCCGACAAGAAGACUAGGCUGUCCUUCGGUUCGUUAGGGAAAGAUGCUAUCUGCUACUAAGAUGGCGAUAUAUCCAUAGUAAGAGUUCCUCUUUCGUUAUUGGGACGAUGCUGAUUUCUUUUCUUCUAAAUAUUGAGUCACAUUAUAAAUGUUACCUCUCAAAUGCGCUCAAUUUUAGGAAUUAGUUAAACUAAUUUUCCAAAAGAAAAAAAAAGGGGCACUGGUUUGAUUAAUAUAUCGAAAUUGAUGGGUUAUCUGU